AUGGGUUCUCAUGGUUCCCCUGUCUCGGUUUAUUGGAAUGGCGAUUCGAGAAGGAACAUCAUCUUGUGGAUGGACCAUAGGGCUCUUGACCAAGCCGAGCGAAUUAAUUCUCACAAUUCACCGAUAUUGCAAUUUAAUGGUGGGAGUGUCUCCCCAGAAAUGCAAGCUCCAAAGAUCAGGUUAUAUUUCCUUGGUAGCAUGGCAGCAGCACCCAAUCAGACCACAACCUCGGCGGGUGUGCUCUGCAAUCUUGGCCACCGUCGGCAGGUACGACCUCCGCCGCCACUGAAAGCUACCCCUCCUCAUCACCAUCAACGCCAAGGCGACUUGGAUCAGGGAGCAUAUGGAGCGACACUUGCAGAGGCGAUGUCAGCGGCUGUCGAGUGCUGA